GACAAAAAAUGUAACACACCAGCAGUGUGAGGAGACCUGAAAGUGGCCACAUGGCAUGGCAGAGUGUGGCGAUGGAGUACAGCAGCAAUGGGAGGCCGUACAGGGACCCAUGAGAGACUCUGGACCUGGCAGCAGCAUGAGGAGGCGGUAUAGGGGCCCAUGGCAGAUUAGGGGCCUGGCAGCAGCUAUGGGAGGCCCGUAAUCUGCCAGCACCCUAUGACAAAAAAUGGAACACACCAGCAGUGUGAGGAGACCUGAAAGUGGCACAUGGCAGAGUGUGGCGAUGGAGACAGCAGCAAAUGGAGGCCGUACAGGGACCCAUGAGAGACUCUGGACCUGGCAGCAGCAUGA